GUCAUGUGAUCAGCUGUGUCCAAUCACAGCUGAUCACAUGGGACAUGUACACUGAUCAUCAGGGCACUGAUGAUCAGUGUGCCCUAAUGAUCAGUGUGGCCAGAGAAGUGCCACCUGUCAGUGCUCAUCAGUGCCAGUGCCCAUCAGUGCCACAUCAAUGCCACAUAUCAGUGCAUACCAGUGCACAUCAAUGCCACAUAUCAGUGCCCAUCUGAGCAGUCUUUCAAUGUCACCCAUCAGUGCCAGUCAGUGCUACCUAUCAAUGCCAAUCAGUGCUGCCAAUCAGUGUAACCUAUCAGUGCCAGUCAGUGCCGCCUAUCAGUG